CAUGCGGCCAACCUUCACUGCAGACCAUGACGAUGGCGCCGAGUAUCUUGCCCUCCUAGUCGGAUCAAGCACGAGCUCCUGCUGGGCACCAUGUCCGAUUCUCCUGCCCCGCGUCGAUCCCAGCGGAUUGAGGCAGCCCUUCGUUGUGAGCUUCCUCAAGCAGCAGCAGCGGACCUUGCUCUGGGGAACGCACCUCUUUCGCCUUCGACUUUGGCCAUACCCACCUCACCCCCUUCCUCUCCUAGUCCUGAUCCAACCAGACAGGAUCGUACCUCUUCAGAACAGACUCUUCCUCCCCUAUUGCAGCGGCUCUCUUUCAUCAUCGACUGGGAUGAUCCCACGCAAGAAAUAGUCGAUGGCGACCCACAAGCAGUUGCAGGGGUGUCCCACCUUGGCUCCAUCUCGGCGGACUUGUCAUGCGAUACGCACUCAGCUCACCUCUCAGCAUUCGUCUUUGCGCCGAGCUCACCAACGAAAGCAAUUGAUACGAUGGAUCACGAGAUCAUUGAGAAAGACGAGGUUGUGAGGGCCAGACUCCGGAGGGCUCUCCCAGCUCGCUGGCUGAAAUGGUACUGCGUUGUGGUACCCGAAGCAAGGCGUGAUCACCUGAUCGAGGUUAUCAUGGCUUCCAAGGAUGUAGUGUCAGUAAUCGAAGAGGUACUCGAAGCUGCGACACGCGAUCACAUUGAGAAAGCCCUCGAGGAAUUAGUCUGCAAGCUAGGCAAUACAGUUCGCUCGAAGCUCUUAACGAUGCGAGGGAAACACGACAAUGGGUACGGCAAGUUCGUAUCACGAGGCACAAAAAAAGUGGAAACUUCGGGCAUUGACGAUUCUGAAACAUACCGGGCUGACAUUGUAGUCCAGGAGGCCGACCCACCCCCUGCCAAGGAUGGGGAGGUCAAGUAUGAAUGGAGUCAGCUCAUGACGUUCAUUGAGGUCAAGAGGAGAGACCGCCAAGAUGGAAACGAAGCCCUCGCCAUCCAAGGCAUGCAAUAUGUAUGCAAGCUCCUGGUGUACAGAUCACUAACGUCACACGUCUACUUUCUGAGCUGGUGCGGCGGACUCGCCCGGCUUUGGUACGCAGACUCGGCUAGCUUCGGCCACUCUCGGGCGUUCUCCCUCAAUGCGGCCCAGGAUAGGCUGGAAAUCGGGAGGUUCCUGUGCCUCUUGACGUCGGAUGAGUGCAGUGGGCAAGUGGCUGGCAAAUGGGACCCCGAAAAAGAUCCUCCUGUGCAAGCCGUCCUCGACUCCAAGAUAAAGACCUUGGAUUGGCAUCUCCCCCCCAGACUCCUGUAUAGGCGCAGCUGGCCGUUCGGCUCUAGGACCGCUGUUUGGGUGGGCAAAACACUCGAGAUGGUCAAGGACGUGGACCAGAGUCGAUGGAUGAUUUUGAAGUGCUCUUGGGUGCCCCGGCAUCGCCUCGGCCACGAGCCAAAGAUGCAACAGCGUCUUGAGGGCAUCGAAGGUACUCCAAGGCCGUUCGGGAGUGCUGUCAUUCCCCCCGACGUCAUAGAACAGGGCUUCAAAGUGGAGACUGUACAGCAGCUCGACCCCACGGCGCGGGAUAAUCAGACUGGCCUGCACCUAUGUGCCAUAGUCUAUGAGCAUCGACUUGGUGAGAUGAUAGACCCGAGCAUUCCCACAUCGAUUUUGGUACACCUUCACGCACAGCUUGUGGACACUCUGCUCAGCUACGCUGGGAGAGCCCUCCACUAUCGAGACCUCAAUACGGGCAACAUGUUAAUCCAGAAGGGCACCAAAGACAAGCUGUUGCUGGUUGACCAUGGCGGCAUGAGAGAGUUUCUUCGCCCCAGAGGUGCAGAAUGGAGAGGGGACACGACCGUCCUUCUCAAAAGAGCGGAAGACGACGCAAGGUCAGCCAAUCUCCUGUUCCUGCCGAGCGCCAAUUACACCGCUCUGGAUCAUCUCAAACGCUGGGGGAAGAACAUGGGUUUCUUGGAAGCAAAUCAAAAGAAAGCCCGGACGACAAUGCCAGAGAAUGCUCUUCCAGCUGAAAUGGAACGACUUGCGAUCGAGAGACUGCCUCGCUUGAGGGAGCUUUUGCUUUCACUUGUCCAGCUCAGCCAUCGUUACAUCGACGAUCUAGAAUCCGCACAAUAUCUGCAUAUCUGGCAGGUUGCCUCGAAGAAGGAGAACGUUCGGUCUGGAAUACAAGCGAAAGUUCAAGUUUUCUUGUUGGACAAACGCGACAAGCAGGCAGCUUGGUCAAGCCAUACGAAUUGGAGUGAGGAACUACGGACAUGGUUCCCGUUGAUGGAAGAUUGGUGCACGAUGAUGUGCUCCCUGCGAGAUCAGAUCUUCGCGGCCCAAGAAUCCUGGCGCAAGUCUGUCGUGCCUAUCUUUGACAAACUUGUGAGCUUGCCCAUCCUCGAGACAAAAGUAAAGGAAGCCUGCAGAAGUGGAAACCUCGUCACGGCCAGCGAGGCCGUCAUCGCUGCCUUCGACAGGACAGACACCCUACUGAGUCAAGAAAAAUUGCAGACCGUCGAAAAAGACUGCUUCGUUCACUGCAAGGGACUGAUGGACGCAUCCAGUGCAAAGGCAGUGAUGGACGGGGCAGCUAAAGCUCUCAGCAUUGAAGGAAAUUGAGUUAAGGGCAAGUCAUGUUCUUGACGAGCGAGGUUGAGAACUACAGGAUUGUCCUGUGCGGUGAGGUUGACAGCAGCCGACGCAAGAUCUCCGGAGAGGCUUCGGUCAUCGAAGAAGUUGGAGUCUCCAUUUCCAUGUACAUAUCAAAUUAGGCCGCCCCCCC